AUGCAAGAUAGUUAGAAUUUAAAGGACUUACAAAUUCAAUUGAAUAAAUUCAUCAGUAAAUUAGAAGAACUUGAGAGAGAGAAUAAAUAUCUAAAGGAAUAGAUGAUAAAUCAAUAAUGCCAAUUGAUGUAAAAUGUUAAAAUUAUUGAUACUAAAUAUUAAUAAAUACAUCGUAAGUAAAUCUCAAAACAUAAUUUAAAAGAUAUCUUAAAUGCCUAUAUAAAUAUGGUAUAUCUCAAAGUUGUCUAACUAGCAUGAUUUCAUAAUAUAAUAAAUUAAUUUCGAGUGAAAAGAUGGAUCUGAAGUAAUGUAUUUAGAAAUAUGGGAUAAUUUAUGAGAAAGAUAAGGUAAUAAAUGAAGAGGAGAUGAAAAAAAUUAUAAAUGAGAGAAUUUCAAAAGAUAGUGAAGAAAUUUAGACUUUAUUCUUUCCAUCAAAAGUGUAUAGAAAUGAAUGUGAAAAUGAUUCGUUGUAAAGUUUCUAUAAAAUAAUUAGAUAAAAUACAUGUACAUUCUAAUCAUAACAAUCAUAACGUUAUAGAUUGUAGUCUUCUUUGUAGAUGAAUUCUGAAUUAAAUAAUGAUAUUUAAGAAGAAACGAUAAUCAAUAAUUUAACUACUCAGAGAAUUCUAGAAAGAUUAUAAUUUGAUUAUCAAAAUGAUUAAACUUUGCAUUAUCCAAAGACCUUUAAAGUUGAUAGAUUACUUUAGCAAUCUAAUCGAGAUUAAAAUAGCUAAAUAUAGACAGAUAGAUCUUUUUGGAUUAAAUAAGAGAAGAGAAAUGAAAAUAGAGCAGAAUAAAAUAGAAAUACAAGGAUGGAUAUUAAAGGUUCACCAUUAAAAUAAUUAAAUUCAUCAAUAAAUGAAGAUAGAAUGAAAAGAUUUGAUAAUAGUUAAGAGAAAGAUACAUCUCAAUAAAGAAGAAGAUCAAGAGCAGAAAGAUUGAAGUUGUAAUAUCAAUGA